AUGUUUUCCCCGAUUAUAAACGAAUCAAUAAUAAGGAACAUAAUUGAUCAAGAAGAAUGCAGUAGCGAAGAAAAAGCGAAUAUAAUCGUACAAUUAAAUGAACAACUUAAAAUGUUACUUGAGAACAGACAACAGAUCAUUAAUGAUCAAGCCAGAUUAAUUUUGUACCAACAAAGGUUACUGGAGAUGAAAGUUAUACAAGAAAGUAAUGAGAAUAAGAAUAAAAUCGUCGUGAAUGAAAGCCUAGAUGGUAUCAGUAAUGUGACGAUUUCCAAGGAUAAUAAUAAGAUCGAAUUAAAUCUUAAUGUCGCUAAAUCAAAGAAUGAUGAACGGCUGAGUGUGAUAAAUCAUAAUGAGGACAAGAGAGUUGAUGACAACAAUAUCUUAAAACCACUCUAUAAAGUUUUCAUUAGAAAAUUACCACAAAACAUCGAAAUCGUUCAAAUAAAGAAUCGCUUAAAUGAAAUGUUUGGUCACGUUGACUCGGUGUAUAAAUUGAUUCCGGAACAAGCGCUUUCUCAGGGAUCCAUUAAAUUUCAAGAAAAAUUUCUUCAUUUACAUAACGCUCGUGAUCGGGAAAAUGGUUCAACUCAGAAUGUUAAGGAUCGAGGUUUCCUAUCAAAGGUCAAGGAUUCAAUGUUUAUAAAAAGGAGCGUUCAAGAUUCCGCAUUUUCGAGACGAGGGACCAACCUAAAAGAAUCAAGAAAUUUUUUGUCAGAUAUAAAAAGAAGGGAUGCUUUACCUUUGCCAAUGCCACAACUAAAAGAACCGGCUAAGGAACCAGCCAAACAGCCCGCAAAGGAACCGGCAAAGGCACCAGAACAGCCCGCAAAGGAACCGGCAAAGGCACCAGAACCGCCCGCAAAAGAGCCUGCUAAGGAACCAGCAAAAGAGCCUGCUAAAGCACCUCAACCCCAACCUCAACAACCACCUAAACAACCACCUCAACAACCACCUCAACAACCAACGGUGGUGGUUACAAAGAAAGUAACACCUACUGGAUUUGUUACUCCUUCUGUUGUUCCCACUGAUCGGCCUUACAAUGGUAAUAAUAAACUUGGCAGUGCUGAUAAAUUGAAAUUUUAUCAAGGAAAUUCAUGGAUAGUUAUUUUGAUAGUCACCAACUUUUUAUUUUUCACUUUAUUGUAA